AUGCAAAUUGGAGGGAAUAUAGAAGAAGUUUUGAUAUUUGUAAUCGAAGAGAUGGAAGAGAAGGUUGUCUAUGGGCUUAGCGGUUCACCAGUUUAUCGCUUAUGUUCCAUAGGGACCAAACCUUCCGUUGCUUUGACAUGGACGGAAUACUACGAUACAGUGGACGACCUAGGGAAUUGA